GUGUUUAGUGCAAACUGCUACAAAACUUCAGUGCUGAAAUAAAGGAGAAAGCAUGAGCAAAGAAUGGAGUAGCUGCUUUGUGAAUUCCUCACAUACUGUUUUUUUUUUCAGUUUUCGAUGAAUACAAAGCAAACAGAGGCUGCAUGAACAAGCUGUGGAGGGACUGUUCCAGCCCAUGUCCAUGCUAUGGCUUUUACUGGAAGCUGCAAUGUCUGUUGCAUGCAGGAGCAGGAACACUCAUGUAGAGUCUGCUGACAGCAGGCCUCAUUUAAAUAACAACAUGCAGCUGAACAGACUCCCUCGUGGAUAUAAAGUUGGACUCUUCAUAGUAUAAAACCAAGAUAUUUGUUUGGCCUUUUUUAAGCAGCCGUCAUGGGAAAGAUAAUCUUUUAUGAGGACAGAAACUUUGAAGGCCAUCACUUUGAGUGCAUGAGCGAUUGCGCUGACUUGCACUCAUUGUUUGACCACUGUCGCUCAAUACGCGUAGAGAGCGGCAUGUUCAUCAUCUACGACCAACCUGGCUUCAUGGGAAACCAAUGCUUCAUGAGAAGGGGAGAGUAUUCUGACUACAUGGGCAUGACCGGCAUGAAUGACUGCGUCCGGUCAUGCCGCAUGAUCCCAAUGCACACAGGCAACUUCAGGAUGCAACUGUAUGAGCACUUCGACAUGGAAGGUGAAAUGAUGGAGCUAACGAACGACUGCCCAAAUCUUAUGGGUCGUUUCCACCUAGCCAACUUCAACUCGUGCAACAUCCUGGAUGGCCACUGGCUUGUGUACGAGCAGCCGAACUACAGGGGGCGUCACUACUACUUGAGACCCGGCCAGUACAGGAGCUUCAGUGAAUGGAAUGGCACAAACUCCAGGAUUGGUUCCAUCAGACGUCUCAUAGAUGUCUAAGGACAAGAAAAGGGUUCCCAUGAAAUGCCUGCUCUUUGCCUUAUUUCACACGCUAAAUAAAAUAGUGUUAGUGCUCAAA